CUCACCUCCCACGCCAGGGAGCAUCACCUCUGGGGCUGUGUCACUGCCGGAGCCAUCAGCCACGGCGUGAAUCACCUGCAGCCGCCCGGCUACCGGCCGGGACCACCGGGCUCCCUCCCCUCCCUUUAAAACCCGGCAGCAGCAGCGUGUGCCGAGCACUCGGCCGCACCAGCCCUGCCCUACAGCCCCGCAUCUCUUGCAGCCCGGCUGCCGGGAGAGGCUGAGAGAUGGCCGAGGGGGAGAUCUCCACCUUCACCGCCCUGACCGAAAGGUUCAACCUUCCCCUGGGGAACUACAAGAAACCCAAACUCCUGUACUGCAGCAACGGGGGCCACUUCCUACGGAUCCUCCCAGACGGCAAAGUGGACGGCACCAGGGACCGAAGCGACCAGCACAUUCAACUCCAGCUCAGCGCGGAAAGCGUGGGAGAGGUGUAUAUAAAGAGCACCCAGUCGGGGCAGUACCUGGCGAUGGACACCAACGGGCUGCUCUACGGCUCGUUACUGGGCGAGGAGUGCCUGUUCCUUGAAAGGAUCGAAGAAAACCAUUACAACACGUACGUCUCCAAAAAGCACGCGGAUAAGAACUGGUUUGUAGGUCUGAAGAAGAACGGGAACAGCAAGCUGGGGCCGCGGACUCACUAUGGCCAGAAGGCAAUCCUCUUCCUCCCGCUGCCCGUCUCGCCCGGCUAAGCCCAGAAGCUCAGAGAUGACCCCGAGCCCCAAACCCCAGCUGCUGCCGCCUCCUCCUCCCUCGCUCUCUCUCCUUUGGCUAGUACGACAGAGCCAAACGUUAGAGCUCCGAGCUUUAAGUAAAGGCUUUUCCAAAAAUAGACAAGGCAGAGCUCCUCCGCUCUGCCCGAGGCUUUGCAGAGAUGAGGGGAAAAAUCCCUGAGACCCCGCAAGGCCCGCCAGCACCCCCAGCUCCCCUGCCCGCUGCCGGCUCGGGCCGUGACCACGCUGCAGCUCCCGGGGACACGCAGGAACCUGCCCUGGGCCAGCACCCAGAAACAUGGCCAGAGGGCACCCCAAGGACACCCCAGUGACCAGAGAAACGCACGCUUUUACCAUCCCCGGCCGUUCUAAGGAAAAAUACUCUGUAUUAGCAUAUUUAUCCACCCAAGUAUGUAGCUCCUAAUAUGCCCUUCAAGCAAUUUCAGCCCCGUUACCAAGUGCCAGCCUGGCUCAGUGUUUGCCAAGAUCCUCGGCGGAUUAAGCUGAACCAGCAUCAGCCAAAACCUCCAAGCCCUAGACAUCCUAACCUCCCGUACAACGUGGAUAUUGCUAUAGCUCGUGCUAGUACCUGCCAUAUGUUAUUUGUAUUUAUUUAUUAAGUAAAUAUGUCUCUUCUACAA